AUUCGCAGUUGUGCACGCUGUAUCAAAAAGUGAUUAAACGUUGACAUUUUGUGACUCGCGCCGUUUUCACAGAGAAUUCAAAAUAAUGUCUCCGACAAAGUUGUUCAUCGCAAUGGCGGUUAUUCUGUUCUUGGGCUGCAUGCAGUGCUGUUCAGCAGCUGGUGCCGAAAAACAAGUCGCAGCAGCAGCAUCAGGAGAAAUACCAGCAUCGGCACCAGCCAAAGCAGUUAACGACAACACCGACCAACUGGAUCAAGAGGCCAUUAUGCAAAUGUGCAACGAAUCAUUCCGCACUUCGAUGGAAUAUCUCGAUGAGCUGAAUUCAACUGGCGCUUUUCCCGAUGAAACUGACAAAACACCAAUGUGCUACAUAAGAUGCUAUUUGGAUGCCGUCGGUAUCAUUAAGGAUGACGAACUAAACCGCGAAAAGGCCAACGAAAUGGCAUGGGCAACCUCCGAAGAUACACUUGAAGAAUGCGAAAAGGAGGUUACAGAUAAAACGAAUCCAUGUGAAAAGGCUUAUUUCUUGACGCGCUGUGUCAUGAUGCGAAACAUCGUUGAUAUGCGAACCAGUAAUCAGUAAAAUGCCACCAACCUAAUGCUAAUUGGAUUCUAAAUUUUGCUCAAAUGGUCACAAAAAUCGCCGGAACGCUUCGACUAUUCAAUAAAUUUCGUAGAUAGACACAUAGAUGGGAUAGUGGGGUUAGAUUUAUACAAUAGCUGUUUCUAUUCCAAACCAAAAGAAAAUUGUACAAAAACAAACAACACAUAAUAAAAAUAUUGGCAAAAUACCAAUA